CAGCUCCAAACCUGUAUUUAUUUAAUAGGUUAAUAAUCGCUAUUGCACCCAGUCGCGUUCGCGCGGCAAUUUUUUAAACGCAAGCGAACUUUAUUACUCGCUUAUCUGUCCGCAUGUAACGGGGAAAAGUCGAGGCUUCGACCGUCCCCACUUGGGUGCGAUUGCCGUGCAGUGUGGACAUGUUAUUGUUGAUGUUGCGAGCCCUCCGCUCAGUCGGCUAGCUGGCUAGCUCGCCGCGGGCUCGACGCCUCUUUUCUGGGCACGUCGCUGUGCCGAAGGGAGGGGAGCGUGAAGGGAGCGUGUCGGUGAGCGACGGUACCGUCGCCGUGCGCCGGCGAGUCGGUGGCGGCUAGCGCCCCGGCGCCUGGCUGUGUUGACGUGCUGUCAAGCGGUGGUAACGGCAGGAGCGCCGUGCUGCUGCGUGACGGAGCCGCCAGUCCGCUCAGUCUCCCCCGCCGACCCGUCCUUCUUUCUGCUGCCUGUAUAUCGCAUCGUUUCUCUUCAUUCGUUUUCCCACGAAGUGAGCUUAAGCGGUAGGAUGGACACGGCGCCCGUGUGUCGUGUUUGAGUUGACUGAUGUACGGAGUGAGGUGUAAAUCGGCUCACAUACGGAUGUACGGGGAGACCGCUGUCGUUCGGGCGCUUGCUGCUGCUUAAACGGCGGCCGAGAUGCACGUUUCUUAGCGUGGUGUACGGUUAUAUCCUGGAUCUGCUCAUCGCCGUGUGUGUUAACUUGAAGUUCCAGGUAUUGAGUACUGGCAAAUGGUAAUGAGCCUUCGUGUUUCGGAGCUCCAAGUACUACUGGGAUACGCGGGACGCAACAAACACGGUCGUAAGCACGAACUCUUGACCAAGGCGCUGCACUUACUGAAGGCCGGCUGCAGCCCUGCCGUGCAGAUGAAAAUCAAAGAGCUGUACCGCAGGCGCUUCCCCACCAAGAUGGUAUCCCCCGCCGAGCUGGCCCUGCCCAGCGUCCACACCAGCAGCAGCUCCCUGGCCGCAGGCAUCACCCAGCUGGCUUUCGACAGCCAUGGCGCCCCAUCGCCCCUGCUGCCCGUCUCCCUGCUGGGGCCCAAGCAUGAACUUGGCCUGCCUCACCUGCCCUCGGCCCUCAACCCAGUGCACCCCGAUGUCAAGCUGCAGAGGCUGCCCUUCUACGACAUGCUGGAUGAGCUCAUCAAGCCCACCAGUCUGGCCUCGGAUAACAGCCAGCGGUUUCAAGAAACGUGCUUUGCGUUUGCACUGACGCCUCAGCAAGUGCAGCAGAUCAGCAGCUCAAUGGACAUCUCCGGGACCAAGUGCGACUUCACCGUUCAGGUCCAGCUGAGGUUUUGUUUAUCGGAGACAAGCUGUCCUCAGGAAGAUCAUUUUCCUCCCAACCUGUGUGUGAAAGUGAAUGGAAAGCCCUGUAGUCUCCCGGGAUAUCUUCCUCCAACCAAAAACGGUGUAGAGCCAAAGCGACCGAGCCGGCCCAUCAACAUUACCUCACUGGUCAGGUUGUCGACGACUGUGCCCAACACCAUCGUGGUAUCGUGGACCUCUGAGAUCGGAAGGAGCUACUCCAUGGCCGUGUACCUGGUGAAACAACAGUCCUCCACAGUGCUGCUGCAGAGGCUGCGUGCCAAAGGAAUCCGGAACCCAGACCACUCCAGAGCUCUCAUCAAAGAGAAGCUGACAGCGGAUCCUGACAGUGAAAUCGCCACCACCAGUCUGCGCGUGUCCCUGCUCUGCCCGCUGGGGAAAAUGCGGCUGAUGAUCCCGUGCCGAGCCAUCACCUGCUCCCACCUGCAGUGCUUCGACGCCACGCUCUACAUCCAGAUGAACGAGAAGAAACCCACCUGGGUCUGCCCCGUCUGCGAUAAGAAGGCCCCCUACGAGCUGCUGAUCAUCGACGGGUUGUUCAUGGAGAUACUGAACAGCUGCGUUGACUGUGACGAGAUCCAGUUCAAAGAAGAUGGGAGCUGGGCCCCCAUGAGGUCGAAGAAGGAAGUGCAAGAGGUGGCCGCCUCGUAUAACGGCUUGGAAGGCGCCUGUCGGAACGCCGUGCCCGAGCACAGGAACAGCUCGUCUCACGGAGGCGGCGGCGGCGGCGGGAAGAAGGUGGAGGUGAUCGACUUGACGCUGGACAGCUCCUCGGAUGAGGAGGAGGAGGAGGAGCCCCCGCCUAAGAGGACCUGCCCCUCCCUGUCCCCCGCCUCGCCGCCUAUCAACAAGGGGGUGCUCAAUCUCCACACCCAGGCGUCCCCGGUGGCCCGGACUCCCAGCAUGCCCCCUGUAGACACCAGCUACAUCCCGCCGCCCCCACCGCUGCAUCCCAUCCAGGAUUACCGCCACUACUACCACACGCCCAAUGACCUAUCAGAUCUGAAUUUCUUCUCCUUUCUACAAGGCGAUAACCACCAGCAUUACAGCAUGGUGAUGGCAGCCGCCGCAGCCGCCUCCGCCUCAGACGACCACGAGCUCCUCCUGAACCGCUUCCUGCCCUACGGCUCCUCCCAGGUGUUCCUGGAGCAGCCGGGCACGCCAGCGGGCAGCGCCCUGGCCCCGGCCAACGGCGGCAGUAGCAGCGGCAGCAGCAGCAGCCUGGUGUCGUCCAGCAGCCUGCGGGACAGCCUGCGGGACAGCCUGCGGGACAGCCAUGCCCACCCCGGGGUGCCCAGGGCCGCCAGCGAGGCGGCAUCCACAGCCGCCGCCAUCUACGGCUCCAUUACCGAUGUCAUCUCGCUAGACUGACAGCCGGAACGCUGUCGCUCCCCCCCGGCCCCCCAGCCCACCCUACCCCCUCAAAACAAACUCAGACUCAGUUGAAACAAAGAAGAUUAAAAGAAGUAAGGUCUUUUUUUAAAAAAAAAAAACAGAAAGGAAUGAUGCUGUGUACAGAGAACAAAAUAUAUUUUCAGUUUUACUUUUGUAUAUAAACUUAGGACUUUGCCUGUCAAGUGAGUGACUUCAGUUGAUAUUUUUCCGUGGAUACUGAAGAUUUUUUCACAGCUAUACAUUUGUUGUCCUCCAAUUAUUAUAGCUUUUGUAUUUCAUUAUUGUUUUAUUUUAUUGCUCCACACGAUGGCAUUAUUCUCUUCAGUGGUAUUAUGUUAGGCCAAUCUACUCUUCUAUUUGAAAUCAUUGUAGGAAUUUUUCUUCUCCGAGAGAAUUAUAACUCAGUGGUUGACAGACGUGUUUUAUCAUUCAAAUGUGCUGAUCAUUUUAUAAUGCGUUUAAGUUAUGUAAGAUAUAUUAACUGUUUAAAAGCAUUCCCUGCGCCUUUUCAGGAUGUAGCUUUGGGGAGUGCGUCGAUGGCUAAAGUGUGACGUGUCUGUCUGUUUUUUUUCCCACCAGCUGGGCCCGUUCAGAACUUUUCCAACUUUUUUGACAUGAAAGCCGUUAUCUUCACCUUUAGUUUGAAGUUAAGCGAGUGGAUCGUGCUUUGAAAUUGGGUUUAAAAUUACGGAUGGAUCGUUUUUAUGCCCCCCCCUCCCCCCCAACCACUUUGUUUUUAUUUGCACAAUGCCAAAAACAAACCCACAGAAGAAGAGAAACGGAGGGGGGGGUGCUGAUGUGAGGUCUCGUGGGGAUGUACUUUUCUAAACGGCCUCAGGGUCUCACAGCUUCCGUGGGAUGUUGAGGGUGGCCGGACAACAUGAGAUCUUAGGUAUGAAGGUAGCUGUUGUGUUCCGGGGGGUGGUCUGGUGAAUAAAGUGAAUACACUCUGUCCUUCUUGUUGGGUGGUUGGAGCACGAUCGUGUGUCAAUCCCUCCACAGACUUGGCUGGUAUUUGUAACCUGGUGUAAAACACAGUAAGGGUUCACUGUCCCUUAUGUGUGAUAUAUCAUGUUGAAACAUCCCCCCUCGCAGCUGGUGAAUUAGCCGACCAGUGGUCAGUGACAGUACUUUUACUGGCGAGGCACUUUCAGUAAUAUUAAUCACAGUCUGAUGUACCUGAGGCUGCAGGCUGACUGCUGAGUGGGGUGGCUCUGGGUGCGAGAGCUGGGCCUUUGGCUUACAGUGGGAUUCCCCAGGCCUUUGGCUUACAGUGGGAUUCCCCGGGCCUUUGGCUUGCAGUGGGAUUCCCCGGGCCUUUGGCUUACAGUGGGAUUCCCUCAGAGAGAGAGUGGCUAGGUCUGUGUGGUCCCAUGGCCGCGCCUUUUCUUCGAGUGGAAAUGGCUCCUUUCUAUGGUAGAAAAGCCCAGAACAUCAGACGGUCAACUGCUGACUGACCGUGUCUGAACAGCGGCAGCUUUACCUGGCUGCUGCCUUCAUCCUGCCGCAAUCCGGAAGCUCGGCGCAGUGUCGGUGCCCAUGACGGACUCGCAUAUGUCUUUUAUCUCCGGAGGCGUUUCUCAUCCCAUCCGCAUCACCUCACUCUAAGAAGGAGGCUCCGUCUUCAUUCUGUGUCCCUGAUGCACAAGAAGCCCCAAGCUGUUACCUCAGCUGCGCGGAAAUAUCUUCGAUCAUCAGUCAGACUCUGGUUAACCAGCCCAAUGUAGAGUCUGUGGUGUUUCGAAAAGUGACUGAAAAUAUUAUGUCAAAUAAAAAGCCUGCAUCCGUGUUGUAGUGUUGAACUACUUGGGAUUAUGUCCUUAAACAGCAUAUAUAUGUCCAGGUGAUCUGGGGCAUUGCUUUUUUUUUUUUCCUGUCCUGCUCUGUGAAAUUAUUGCAAGAUUCUUCGGUAAAUGGAGCUCAGUCAAACUCCAUCGCACAGAUCUCUGCCCCUAAUCAGGUUCCUGACUUAAGAAAUCAAAAUGUGUGAUGACGUUUGGAGUGUGAUGCCCCGGACAGUGUGGUUUUCCAGCCAAACUCUGCUUUCCUGUUCCAUUCGCCUCAGUGGAAGAGCCUCUCUCCCUAGUCUGUUUUCCCCAUCUAUAAAAUAUGAUCAGUAUUUUUAUUUAUUGUGUAAUGUAAUUUUUUUUUAUAUAUAUAUGUGUUUUUUGAUUUCCAUUGAUGUAUUACUGUUACACGCCUGCUUCCUUGUUUAAUAAUUAUACAGUUCUAUUUAAGGAGAUCUUUGGUUAGUCACCUGUUAUAUUAAAACAAGCAUCUUUUUUUUUUCUUUUAGGUUUUCACUCAUGCAGAAUAAUAUAUCUAAUAUGUGGGAGUUGUUAGUCUUGCAGCUGCAUCUGAAUUAUUGCUUGUUUCGACAUAAUUAUGUGUGAUCUGGGAAAGGCUAAGGGAAGAGAGAGUCGUUCAGUAGCAUCUACGUGUAGAUUGGCCAUAUCACCUGUUCUCAAAAUAUGAAUAUCAGCUGCAAGAUUGCUGAGUUUCAAAAUCCAGGAGGAUAGACAUUGAAUGUUGCCCCGUUAAACAAGAACAAAAAACAAACUUUAGCUGCAAGUAAUGCCUGGUUAUUGUUGUGACCAUGUUAUUAAAAAGCAGUUGUUUCAUUGGACGGUCAGCAUUUAAUUGUGCAUUGCCUUUCGGAUGUGUGCUUAGCUGCUGUCGCAUAAGCACGUCUCGAGAUAGCUGGAUGAACUGAAGGUCAGCAUAGAACCCCCUCAGCUCCACCAUCUUAGCCCCAGGCCUCCUGCUGUCGCCAUGGAGACAGACGCAAGCGCCCUGCCCAGCUGGACCCCCUGUCUUACUGGCAGUUCCCUCAGUGUUGUGGCGUUGCACUUUUAAGGGUACUGGAAUUCAGCCCAGUACCCAGACUGUAAACAAAGGUAAUCCGGUCUACUUUUAGUUACCACAUUAUGGUACCAGAGAGACUUUUCUAAACAAAAAGUCAAAAAGUUAACAGCAGACGUAACCAAUCAAAUAUAUAAAGUUUUAAAGCUCUUGAUUGUGGUGUUUUAAAGACUGAUAAAGGGAAAAUUUAAGAUUUUUUUUUUAUAUAUAUAUAAUUACUGGGAAGUCUCUGGCAGUUGUACACAGAAGGGACUUCCAGUGAUAUUUAUUCUCAUUUUUUGUGGCAUCUGAAACGAGAGAGUUUAAUUUAUAUAUUUUUUUCAGACAAAGAACACCACUAAGAGGACUUAAGAUGUAGUCCGACUUGCAGAAGAUCCUCACAAGUCCGAAUAGCUACCAUCUGUGCUCACUGCCUUAAAUUCACCAUUACUGUUUCCUUAUGGCAUGUCAAACAAGAAAAAAAUGGCUUUUUAAAAGAAGGAGAAGAUGAAAAAAGAUGUACAGUAGACCAAUGUCAGUUUGUAUAAAAUACCAAGUGGGAAAAAAAUAUUUAUUACAUGCAUUGGAAGAAAUUGUUUACCUAUUGAAUGUUACCUGUUUAUGUAGAGAAGUUUAGAUGUAAUAAAACGCAUUCAGAUAACUUUACUUUUUAAUGUCUUUAUUUUAGUCAACCAUCAAUACACCCUUUAUUUUUGGCAAAAGUAUGUGUACGUGUUUGCUAAAUGUUUUACAUGCUUGGUCUGGAAAAUUGGCAUUGUUGUGUUUGGCGUUGGGAGUUCUAAAGAAAUGAGUACUCAUUGUCACAGUCAAAUCUAUGUUGCCAGUACCAAACAAGUAUAUUGCCUGUUUUUGUAAAUAAAUGACAUGUCACUAUCCUA